AUGACGUCGAAUAAAAAUAAGAAAUCGACUCCUCAUAAAUCUCCUCACAAAUCUUCUCCUCACAAACCUCACAGACCGGGCAAAGCUCAUAAAUCACCGAAAGAGAAAGUUGCGCCAGCAGGACAAAGUCUUCCAAUACUUCCCCUAAAGACUGCGGACGCUAUUCCUGCGAUAUUGCCUCCCACACGAAGAAUAUUGUUUUCUCAGAGUCUGAAGAAGAGCAAUAGUCAACAACCUUUCUCGUCUCAUGCUGUCAAUGCUGUCAACAUCGAUCAUCAGAAGACCAAAAAACACACAUUAUCCUCUCCAGCUACGAAAUUUUCAGAUGAUCGACCAUUCAAGAAACCAUGUCUUUCAUCUCCAUCUCCUGCGAAACGUACCAAGCUUCUCCCUGUAACACCACAAAGAGUCAAUGGACGAGAAAGAACAAUUCCGUCAAGCGACGAUGAAGAUGAGAAUGAGAACGAGAGUGAAGAUAAUACACCAAAUCCACCAAGUCGGAAGAGGAAAUCAAAUGCCAUGGCCGGUGGAGCAGGAAACCACAAGAAAACACCACCACCAAGAUCAUCCGUAACAGUUGUCAUUCCACCAAAACAACAACCUUCCUCCUCAUUUUCUAUCAUCCAUCCCAAUUCACCAGCUGUCCAAAAAAUUGAUAUGACUGUCUUACGACUCGAGAAAGAAGAAUUACAACACCGCCUCGAAUCUUCGUUACAACAAGUACAAAAAGCCAUGAGCGAAGUCAAGGAAUGGGAGAACGAAUGCAAGGAAACAACCGAUGUACAAGAUAAUCUUAACAGACUUCUCCGUGCUGAGAUUGAGGAUAAGGAGAGACUUCAAGAACAAUUGGAAUCUUUUAGAGAACAAGCACAUGGACUCAAUCUCGAAGCGAAGAAUUGGGAGAGGAAAUGGACGGAAAUCGCAAGUGAAAAUGAUGCAUUGCGGAAGCGAUUUGAUUCCAAGAUGAAAACACGGAAAGGGAAUGAACCCACCACACAACAAUGGCGACUUCAAUACAUUUCCGAAAAUGAAAAAACCAUCAAACUCCAACGCGAACUCAAGCAAAUGAGAAAAAAUCCAGAACCCCUUCACCUCACUCAAAAAAUAGAGGAGUUAGAACUCGAGCUCUCAAAUCUGAGAUCAAAGCAUCACAGCACAAGAACCGAACCCCUAAUCACCACCCUCCCACAAUCCCGCGAAUCCGCUCCAAACCCCCAACCCACCACCCAACUCAUCACAGACCUCACCACCCAAAUCCACACUCUCCAACAACAAGUCCUCCAAACAAAACACCUCUCCCUCCACAUCACACAACUAACCGCAUCUCUCGACUUCCAAAGCGAUUUGCUUUCCCAAGCCGAGCGUACGCAUGGUUUCGAAACGACAGCUUUGAAGGAACAAAUCGCACAGCUGAAAAUGCUCGUUUCUUCAGAGAAUGCACUUUCGAACGAGCUUGCAGAUCUCAAAAAAGGAUGUGAGAAAAUGAGAGAAGAGAUACUGGAUAAGGAUGAGGAGAUUGAGAUUUUGAAUGCGGAGUUUGAAGAGGAGAGGGAGAGGAUGAGGAGGGAGGUAGAGAGGUUGGAGGGGGAGGGGAGGGUGAAGGGGGAGGGGUUGCGGAGGAUGGGUGUGUUGGUUGCGGGGUGGGUGUUGAAGUGGAGGAGUUUGGGGGAGGGGGAGACGGAGAUCGGGAUCGGGAAGGGGGAGGUUCCUGGGGUAGAGGGAGUAGGGAUUUGUGUGGAUGGCGUGAGGAUGUGA